UACCGAAGAAUUCGAGAAAUGAAGUUGGAAGAAAGUUGGUCAUGAGCAUCCGAGAAUGUAGGUUAAGCAUGCCGCCAAGGACGCCAGGUGGGGGAGUCGUAUGCGGAACUGAUUGGCCCCAAAGAACACGAAAGCCCCCUUCCCGGCGAGUCCACCGGUCCAGUGUCCACUGCAGUUGGCUGAAAGCAGGGGCAGAGCAGCCGAAGAGAGGUGUAAAACGCUGGGCAGCUACUGGGCCUGUGACGGCGGCGCAUUGCAAGUGUCAGUUCGCACGUGUCUUGUGAUAGUGUCAGUCAUCGUUUUAUCUCUUGGGCUCACAGUAAUUGAGGAAAACGAAAACCCAAGUAACAUGGGAGAAAAAUUGAUCAGUGCUGUUGCGAUUGCAGCUAAAACUCACCCCAGGAAGGAAGAUAAAUCAAUACAAUAUGGAACAGCCGGUUUCAGGACAAAAGCUUCAGAUUUGGAUCAUGUUUUGUACCGUAUGGGAUUGCUUGCUGUUCUCAGAUCCAAAGUUAAAGAAGCUACAAUUGGUGUUAUGAUCACUGCUUCUCAUAAUCCUGAAGAAGACAAUGGAGUGAAACUUAUUGACCCCUUGGGAGAGAUGUUAGAACAGAGUUGGGAAGCACAUGCCAGCCAAAUUGCAAAUAGCAGUGAUGAGAACUUGAAAGAAACCCUUGAUGAACUGAUUAAAACACUGAACAUUGACAUGGCAAAGGAUGCAUGUGUGUUUGUUGGUAGAGAUACUAGGUCUAGUAGCCCUGCAUUGGCUGAUGCUGUCAUAGAAGCUGUAACAGCUCUUGGAGGAUUAGUCCAAGACUUCGGUAUAGUAACAACGCCAAUGUUACAUUACUUCGUUGUCUGUAAAAAUACCAAUGGUGAAUAUGGAAAGCCUACUCCAGAAGGAUAUUUUUUCAAACUUUCUACUGCAUUCAAGAAACUCAGAGGAAAGAAUACAUCAAAUGGCAAAUACAUCCCAGAUAUUAGUUUUGAUGGUGCCAAUGGUGUGGGAGCUUCAAAAAUGAAAGAAUUACAAACUUGUAUUUCUGAAUACUUGAAUGUUAAUAUUUUUAAUUCUGGAGAGGGACGCCUCAAUCAUCAGUGUGGGGCAGAUUUUGUGAAGGUACAGCAGAAGGCCCCAGAAGGGGUUCCAACCAAAGAAAAUGUGCGCUCUGUUUCUGUGGAUGGAGAUGCUGAUCGUAUUGUUUAUUAUUACACUGAUAAGGAAAAAGUUUUCCAUCUUCUUGAUGGUGAUCGAAUCGCUACUUUAUUGGCAAGUUACUUCAUGGAAUUGGUAAAAGCCAGCUGUUUGAAGCUUAACCUUGGUUUAGUGCAAACUGCAUAUGCUAAUGGCAGCUCCACAAAUUACAUUGCAAAAACAUUGAAAAUUCCUGUAGCCUGUGUGCCAACUGGUGUGAAACAUCUGCAUCAUAAAGCACAGGAGUUUGACAUUGGUGUGUAUUUUGAAGCAAAUGGACAUGGAACUGUUUGUGUUGCCAAGUCUGCUUCAGAAAUGAUUGCUCAAGCUGCCUCUGAUGAAAAGUUGGAAGUUAAUCAGCGAGAAGCUGCUCAGCGCCUGCAAACAUUGGUGGAUCUUGUAAAUCAAACUGUAGGAGAUGCUCUUUCUGAUAUGCUGCUUGUGGAAACUGUGUUACAUGCACGUGGAUGGGAUAUAGCGGAUUGGCUUGCUACAUACUCUGACCUUCCCAACCGCCAGAUGAAAGUUACUAUUCAGGAUCGCAGAGUGAUUCAGACAACUGAUGCUGAGAGACAAUGUAUUUCGCCCCCAGGAUUACAAGAAACUAUCAAUAAAAUUGUUAAGAUGUACGAACAGGGCCGAGCGUUUGUCAGACCAUCUGGGACUGAAGACGUAGUUAGAGUUUAUGCAGAAGCCACUACUCAAUCUAAUGCAGAUCGUUUGGCAGCUGAAGUGGCCAGAGCUGUUCACGAGACUGCAGGAGGCAUUGGAAAUCCACCCCCAGUACCUGCCUUGUAAUAUUAAGUUAUUUAUAGGUGCUUUUUGUAUGAAGUCUGAAAAAGGUUCUAUCAAUUAGUUGAAUCAUUGCUAUGUGAAAAGGUUCUCAGGGCAAUAUUAUAUUCAGUGGCACAAUGAGGGAUUUUCUUAGGUGUAGGUGUAGUGAGCAGCCUUAAUGUUUCCAUAUAAAGAAUUUUUCAUUUGUUGUGAAGUUUAAAUGAAUUUUUUUUAUUUCAUUAUUUGUAGUUAUUUAUAAUGUAUUCAAUUGAAAUAUUGAAUGACUUUGAUUACUAAGAAAAUUAAUUAAAGAACUCAAUAUUGUACUGCAGGCUGCUAGGCACUUCGCCUGUUCCCAUUUCCCAGUAAAUGUGAUGGGUUUUAGUUCUCCAGGUGAUCCUGAUCUAAAGAUAUCUUUUGAAGUCUCCCCUCAUUUCUCUGUACUAUUGGUUUAUGAUUAUUGUUUUCUUUAGAAAUCUUUCUUGCUUCAUUCUGUUAAUCUGAAAAAAACAUUUCUUCUGCUCUUCCUUUUUUUUUCUACUACAUUCUUUGUUUUAAGCCUUUUUUUUAAUAUCCUUAUUUCUUUACUGAUCCUGUAACUGAAUAAAAAACAUUUUUGUGAACAUUAACAUCUGGAGAGACCUAAAGCCACAUGAAUCCCCACCCCUUGCAUGGUUGUGCCACAGAUUAUAUAGAAAAACAAAAUUUAUUUUUGAGAAAUUUCCAUUAAUGGAUAAUGAAUCGUAGCUAAAAAUGAAAUUGGGUUGAACAGUUGUUGUUGGUGGUGGUGUUUUUUAAUUAUUGAUAGAGAUUUGAUCUUUGUCUAAAUCUGAAAAAGAAAAGACAUCUGAGCAACAAUACUUAUGAAUAUAAUUAAAGGUAUAUGGUUUUGAAAAACUAAGAAGACUGUUGUCGUUCCUGUUGAUAAUGAAGGAAUAACUUGAAUAUUGUAGGUUCAAUUCCAGUGAUAUUUAAAUUCCAUCACAAAAUGAAUUAUUUUUAUAUUUUUUAUAUUUUUAAGUGAAAUAAUUAAACUCUGAAUGUUUAAGUGAACAAUCAGAAAGCCCCAUUCAUACCAAUUCACAUCUAUUUACAGAUUAUUCAGAAUAUAUGCAUUAUAAAUUCUUGAAUAUUCCAUCAAAGGUAGACCAAAAUAUUAAAAUAAACAACCAGCUUGCUGAAAUGUAAUGCAGAGGUGCCAAUUUGAUGUACCAAGAAUUCAAAAUUGUAUAAGUUAAAUACAACAUAAGUACUGCAUUGUUACCAGAUAGGUUUUCAAAUUUCUCUGUUGGCUUGAAUUUUUAAUUAAAUAUUAAUUUUAUCAACAAUGUCAGCAUUCGCUGCACUUUCACUGUUAAAAUAAUAUAAUGUAAAAGUUAAUUUUACCAUAUUUUAAAUAGCAUUCUUCUGUACAUUUUCUUUUAUAUUUGCUGUUUAAAACACACAAUUGGUGGCACAACCUAUAGUUGUGCCUAGGACAUUCACAUGCCAUCUUCAUAGGUUGUCUUCUGACACUGAACUUGGCUGAUUGAUUUAUGUCUAUUGUAUGAAGACUGUAUAUCACUUAUCACUCAGUUCAGUGUAUCACUAUCAGUCAAAAUUGUGCUACCAUGGAAUUUAGAUUGCACAGCCAUUUGCAGUGACAUUGCUGAGGUUAUUGGGAAAGUCAGAAGCCCCCAAUCGGACAUUCCUGCUGAAAAGUAAACAAUAAUUUCCCAAACGAUAACAGAUUAUAUAUUUGAGAUCCUCAUAAAAUCAUCCAAAUACUUCUAAUUCCUUCAGGUAUAAAGUUCAUGUAUAUAAAUGGUGGAUUAUCAUCGAAAGUUAUACUGGUAUGUGAAGACUAUAUUUGUAAUGUACUUCCUCUAUGGAAGAUGUUUUAGCAAGAAUAUGGUUUCAUCUUCAUUAAUCAAUGCUUUAUUUAUAAAAUUAAAUGGAAUUAAAAGUAUUUGCUUAAUUAAGACAAUUUACCACUGAGCAAACAGUUGAUAUAUAUUCCAAAAUGUAUAAUAGUUCACAAAUCUGGCACAAAUGUAUACUUGGAAUAUGAUUAUAUGUCAAAUAAUACACUUUAAUGUUUGUACAUUUUUAAAGGAAAGGAAUGCUUAUUAAAUUUAGAAACAACUGUAGCUUUAUUUAUCUCAGAUUAUUAUAUCAAAGUUUGAAUAGUUGUCUGUCUGCAGUGCCUUAAGCUUUGCUUAUAUGGUGCAAGUUUGUGUUUACACAAUGGACAUCACAUUUGUUAAGAACAUAUUUGUGUUUGCCUUUUGAAACUAAAAAACCAGUUAGAUUUUUAUAGACUGUUUAUUGUUAAUGCCAAUGGGAGAAGAAUAAAUGACUGUUUUACCUGCAUA